CUCCAGCGCACGAGUCCCCGGCCGCCGCUAGUACUACGCCGUGUCACAAGCUAAGAAAAUUCUCUGGCAGAGCAUCGCGCGCGUGUGGUGCCGGAGAGGUCCGACCGCCCUAGUGGAGCCGGGCUGUGGAUUCCUCCCAAGUUGAGCCUUAGUGAUCCUGUGGCUGAAGUUAGCGCCUUGACGUGGGACGACCGGACACGUCGCCUGGAGUGAUACGUAGGCGCCUUCCAGCAGUUGUGCUCCUAAAAACCUCUUUCUAGAGAUCCGAGGCCCCCCAGCCCGGCGCGCCGUCGCCGUUAGCCUUCUUUGUGUGCCGCCCGGACUCCCAGUUCCCGGCCGGCCGCGCAGCCCAGGUACAAAGAGAUCAGACCUCGCCGCCCGCCUCCCGCGCACGCACUCCCGCCUCGGUUUCCCAACUCGGCGCCGUCGGACCGCGGCAGGAUGAUUGCCUCGCAUCUGCUCGCCUACUUUUUCACCGAGCUUAACCAUGACCAAGUGCAGAAGGUCGACCAGUACCUUUACCACAUGCGUCUGUCUGACGAGACCCUUCUGGAGAUCUCUAAGCGGUUCCGCAAGGAGAUGGAGAAAGGACUUGGAGCCACCACCCACCCCACUGCAUCAGUGAAAAUGCUGCCCACCUUUGUGAGGUCUACUCCAGAUGGGACAGAACAUGGAGAGUUUCUGGCUCUGGACCUGGGAGGGACCAACUUCCGUGUGCUUCGGGUGAGAGUAACGGACAAUGGGCUCCAGAAGGUGGAGAUGGAGAACCAGAUCUACGCCAUCCCUGAGGACAUCAUGCGUGGCAGCGGCAACGAGCUGUUUGACCACAUUGCCGAAUGCUUGGCUAACUUCAUGGAUAAGCUGCAAAUCAAGGAGAAGAAGCUCCCGCUGGGUUUCACCUUCUCGUUCCCCUGCCACCAGACUAAACUGGACGAGAGUUACCUGGUCUCAUGGACCAAGGGGUUCAAGUGCACUGGAGUGGAAGGCAGAGACGUGGUGGAUCUGAUCCGGAAGGCCAUCCAGCGGAGAGGGGACUUUGAUAUUGACAUUGUGGCUGUGGUGAACGAUACAGUUGGAACCAUGAUGACCUGUGGUUAUGAUGAUCACAACUGUGAGAUUGGUCUAAUCAUAGGCACGGGCAGCAAUGCCUGCUACAUGGAGGAGAUGCGCCACAUUGACAUGGUGGAGGGCGACGAGGGGCGGAUGUGUAUCAACAUGGAGUGGGGGGCCUUUGGGGACGACGGCACACUCAAUGACAUUCGCACGGAGUUUGACCACGAGAUCGACAUGGGCUCGCUAAACCCUGGGAAGCAACUGUUUGAGAAGAUGAUCAGUGGGAUGUACAUGGGGGAGCUGGUGAGGCUCAUCCUGGUGAAGAUGGCCAAGGAGGAGCUGCUUUUCGGGGGCAAGCUCAGCCCAGAGCUGCUCAUCAAAGGCCGCUUUGAGACCAAAGACGUUUCAGAUAUUGAAGGGGAGAAGGAUGGCAUCCGGAAGGCCCGCGAAAUCCUGGUGCGGCUGGGCCUGGACCCGACACAGGAGGACUGCGUGGCCACUCACCGGAUCUGCCAGAUCGUGUCCACACGCUCAGCCAGCCUGUGCGCGGCCACCCUGGCUGCUGUGCUGUGGCGCCUCAAGGAGAACAAGGGCGUGGAGCGGCUACGCUCCACCGUCGGCGUCGACGGCUCCGUCUACAAGAAACAUCCGCAUUUUGCCAAGCGUCUUCACAAGACCGUGAGGCGACUGGUGCCCGACUGCGACGUCCGUUUUCUCCGCUCUGAGGAUGGCAGUGGCAAAGGGGCAGCCAUGGUGACAGCAGUGGCCUAUCGGCUGGCCUACCAACACCGAGCCCGGCAGAACACCCUGGAGUCUCUGAAGCUGAGCCAUGAGCAGCUGCUGGAAGUCAAGAGGAGGAUGAAGGUAGAAAUGGAGCGAGGUCUGAGCAAGGAGACGCAUGCGACUGCCCCUGUCAAGAUGCUGCCCACCUACGUGUGCGCCACUCCCGACGGCACAGAGAAAGGGGACUUCCUGGCCUUGGACCUGGGAGGAACAAAUUUCCGGGUCCUGCUGGUGCGCGUGCGGAAUGGGAAGUGGCGCGGCGUGGAGAUGCACAACAAGAUCUACUCCAUCCCGCAGGAGGUCAUGCACGGCACUGGGGACGAGCUCUUUGACCACAUUGUCCAGUGCAUCGCCGACUUCCUUGAGUACAUGGGCAUGAAGGGCGUGUCCCUGCCUCUGGGUUUCACCUUCUCCUUCCCCUGCCAGCAGAACAGCCUGGACGAGAGCAUCCUCCUCAAGUGGACAAAAGGCUUCAAGGUGUCUGGCUGCGAGGGCGAGGACGUGGUCACCCUGCUGAAGGAAGCGAUCCACCGGCGAGAGGAGUUUGACCUGGACGUGGUUGCUGUGGUCAACGACACAGUCGGAACAAUGAUGACCUGUGGCUAUGAAGACCCUCACUGUGAAGUCGGCCUCAUUGUUGGCACAGGCAGCAAUGCCUGCUACAUGGAGGAGAUGCGCAACGUGGAGCUGGUGGAAGGGGAAGAGGGCCGGAUGUGCGUCAACAUGGAGUGGGGGGCCUUCGGGGACAAUGGAUGCCUGGAUGACUUCCGCACGGAAUUCGACGUGGCUGUGGAUGAGCUUUCCCUCAACCCUGGCAAGCAGAGGUACGAGAAAAUGAUCAGUGGCAUGUACCUGGGUGAGAUUGUCCGUAACAUCCUCAUCGAUUUCACCAAGCGUGGGCUGCUCUUCCGCGGCCGCAUCUCAGAGCGGCUCAAGACAAGGGGAAUCUUUGAAACCAAGUUCUUGUCUCAGAUUGAGAGUGACUGCGUGGCGCUGCUGCAGGUCCGAGCCAUCCUGCACCACCUGGGGCUCGACAGCACCUGUGACGACAGCAUCAUUGUCAAGGAGGUGUGCACUGUGGUAGCGCGACGGGCAGCCCAGCUCUGUGGCGCAGGCAUGGCUGCCGUGGUGGACAAGAUACGAGAAAACCGCGGGCUGGACACUCUCAAAGUGACAGUCGGUGUGGAUGGGACCCUUUAUAAGCUACAUCCUCACUUUGCCAAAAUCAUGCAUGAGACAGUAAAGGACCUGGCUCCAAAAUGUGAUGUGUCCUUCCUGGAGUCAGAGGACGGCAGCGGAAAAGGGGCAGCUCUCAUCACUGCUGUGGCCUGCCGCAUCCGUGAGGCUGGACAGCGAUAGAACCCCUGAGAUUGGAAGGGACUUCUUCUGGUUCCCCCUCGACCAUGUUUUAAAUUAUAAGUUGUCAUCCCCUUAUGCAAUAGACAGACGCCUUGGCUUUUCCUUGGCAGAGAGGACCCUACUGGACUGGUUUUGUCUCUGCGUAUACUCACUGUAGAGAUUGUUGCCCAAGCCUUGGCCCUCCUGAGAUAAAUGCAGUUUGAAGUAAGGAUUUGUUCAUACUGGUUACAACCAUUCCCAUUGGUUCACUCAAAACUUAAAAAAACCCAAAAAAACAAAAAACCUUUAGUAAUCCCUGGGCCAGAUUCCAAGAUUCCAUGUCCCUGUGUAAUCCCACAGGAUGGGGACACUAAUGAAAAUAAGGUUGCUUCACUUGGAGCCUGAAUAUGACAUUUCUAAGUGGAGAGCACCCCCCACACAGAUGUUGAUACUGUUUCUGCCGUCAGAGGUCUGGGAGGUCUCCACGAAUGUGAGCUGAUUCUCCUCCAGGCAGACGGGGAGGGCAAGGGUAGAGUGGAGGGAAAUCCACGGCUCUCCAGGUGGUGGCCCUGCUUCAGCCUCAUCUACAAGCAUUUGCCCCAUGGAGUCCAGCACUUGCUGUUCCUGAAAUUGAAGAAUCCCAAGUUGGGCAAUGAAACCACAGCCAAGAGUCGACAUCCUGUGAGUGGGCCUGUUGUUGCCUCUCACUGUGGGCCCACGGAACAUCCACGAGCCAUGGACCUUUGGGGCAGGGGGAGCCUUUUGGUUUCUUUUAAAAUUUUUUCCUGAGAAUGUGGAAACACUAUUUUAAUUUAUGUUUGAAAUUUAUAUAGUUCAUGAAGUAGGUCUGCUCCUUCAUCUCGACUUGUAAUGGUCAGUUGUAUGUAAUGUAUUUAUAUGUUAAUUUGUUAUGUAUAUAGUAGGCAGGUCUCGUCAGACUUGGCCCCAUUAGUACAUCAGUGUAGUUAAAGGACAGAAGGUGAAGAUACUGACUAGUUACUAGAAGUACCUCAUUCACCUGCGGGAAGAGAAGGGAAGCCUCUUCAGGGUGAAUGAAUGAUAAGGCAGCUGCUUUCUGGCUCCUUCUUCCCCUGCAGUCUUGGAAACGUGUGGAAGGCAGGGAUAGAGACAGACAGACACUGAGCCUACGGAUCCAGCAAACCACAGCAACUGGCUGCUCUGUCUAGAGACUUUACUGGGGCAAUAUUACAUGGGAUGGUAACCAAAGGAAACCAAAGAAAUCAUUUCAAAUAGACUCAUUGCUCAGAAAUAUUCCUAGGGCAAUUGGUAGUCUUUUGAAAGCUUUCUGAUAAGAUGAAAGAAGACACCAAAAUCUUUUAAAAAAAUUCUGUCUAAUCAUUAACAACACACAAAAACAACAACCAAACAAACAAAACCUCAGGGACAACAUUUCUGGCAUAUUUGUGCUUUCCUACUGAGUUUCCCCUUGGGUUUGUUUUGUAGAUGUUUUACAAAAAGUGUUGUCUGUGUGCUUUCCUAGGCUGAGCUGGCAUAGGUCUGUUUCUGUGUUUUUAUACACAGUAUGUGUUUCAAACUAUUGGGAGGGAUGGGAGUGGUGUACAACCCUCUAUCCCCUACUUUCCAAGAGUGUAGUUAAUUCUGACUGUGAAAGCCCACUUGUGCCCUAAAAACCUGGAUACUACAUGAUAAAGAGGAAUGGUCUUUAACACUCCUGAUAGGAUAUAAGGAUCAAACAGAAAGAUGAAAAGAAACUCAUGACUGAAUUGCACCCAGUUUUUUACACAUUUAUCAAACUUGUGCUGAGAAUAGUGUGUGGUUAUAUGAUUUUUGAACGAAGUGGGGUAUAAACAAGUGCAAACUGCCCAGGUCGUCCCGGGAGGCAAAGAAGGAAGAGGAGCUGGUGCUUCUUGUCUGUGCCAGUAUCACUUUCCCCGUCUGGUGUAGCUCCUCUGCUGCUCCCAUCUGCAUUAACUGAUCCAAAACAUGGGUGCCUCCUACAUGAAAGCCAAAAACCACCUGUAAAUUUGUGGAUCACUAAAGGAUGCCCAUGAAAUAGAGAUAAAUUUUAACUUAAAUUUUAAAGUUGAAGAAUAUGCAACAUUUAUGAAAUUACACAUUUAUUAAAAGUAGCGAUGUGUGUGUAACUAUUACAGAUGUGUUGUUGGUUUCCAACAAGGAACACUGAAAAGUGUAUUUUGAAUGUCUGUGUUCCCAGAAUUAGAUGACAGUCCUUUGCUGAUGCUGCUUUGUCUGGUGUAAAUACAGUGGAUCUCAAUCUUUGGGGUGAGCUGAAUAGCAGAUCAUCUCACAUCCUUGAGCACCUCAGUCUAGUGAAGAUGUCAUUAUGUACAAUAAAGGACUCGUGAAUUAACUAUGUGAUGUUAACUAUUAAUAAAUUUUAACCUUUUUCAAAAUA